UGCCGUGACCUGGUCACACCGACGCCAACAGCUGCUCGCGGUCAGAAUAACGAAAAGUGUAACCGAAAAAAGACAAUUGUGCAAUUGCUGCGAAAAGCCAACACAAUUGAAUAAAAGAGCGCGCAACAUUGUUUAUUUGCCCGUCGGCGGGCGAGAGAUCGAGUGGAUUGGUGUAUUAAAUUAAAAAUAUUCAUCGCAGCACGAUGCACAGCGCUUGGUGAUGCAGAAUGCAGAUUGUUGAGCUGUUGCAUAAAUUCCACGCCACUUGCACAUCACGUGUUUGACUCAGGCUACAAAUUUGUGGCCCACGAUCUGAAUUUGAUCUCAUCUGUGGUCGCGAUGUUCUCACUACAACUACAGCAGUUGCUCCGAGCGACAGCAAGCGGCGUGACGUCGGGAGCCACAAAGACACUGUGCACAGCCACAGCGUCUGCCGCCACAAAGCACUCUAGUCAAGCGAAGUUCGGCGACAACAGCAGUCACGGUUCGCCAUCGCACACGGACGGUCGCAGUCACGGUGAAUCAGAGUCGGAUUUGGAGUCGGCGCACGGCCAGAAUUUCACAUCACACCACUUAGCCAGACGGAUACUUCAGCAGCGCAGCCAGGACAUCCAGCGCCACAUCCACACGCAGUCAGCCAAGGGACAGACCAGUGCCAAGUCCUCGCAGCAACAGCAGCAUCAGCAGACCGCCACCAAGUUCGCCAUGUCAUCGCUAGCAGCUGAGCCUCUGCAGUCGCAGAAAUCGGAUGAAAUCACGGCCAGCACGGGCGGCGGAGAUGUGGAGACGCCCGGACUGGGCGCAUCCUGCCACGAGGUGGCCGCCGCAUCGGCCAGUGCCGGCAAGAAGCCCUGCUUCAGCUCGGGCCUCGGCGAGAUACUUCAGUUCAUGGAGCUCAUCGGCAACCUGAAGCACACAAAACGCACCGGAUGGGUGCUGCGUGAUGUCAACGACUGCGAAUCGAUUUCGGGUCACAUGUACAGGAUGAGCAUGCUAACCUUUCUGCUCGACGGCAGUGAGGGACUCAACCAGAUACGCUGCAUGGAACUGGCGCUGGUACACGAUUUGGCAGAGAGUUUGGUGGGUGACAUAACGCCAUUCUGCGGGAUAUCCAAAGACGAUAAGCGAGCCAUGGAGUUCAAGGCGAUGGAAGAUAUCUGCAAGCUGAUCGAGCCUCGUGGCAAACGCAUUAUGGAGCUGUUUGAGGAAUACGAGCAUGGACAGACUGCCGAGAGCAAGUUCGUCAAGGAUUUGGAUCGUCUGGAUAUGGUUAUGCAGGCGUUCGAGUACGAGAAGCGGGACAAUUGCCUUCUGAAGCACCAGGAGUUCUUCGACUCAACGGAGGGCAAGUUCAACCAUCCGUUUGUUAAGAAGCUGGUCAACGAGAUCUACGAGCAGAGGGAUGUCCUGGCCAAGGCAAAGGGCGCCACACCACCGCCGGCCAUCGAGGUGCCUAGCAUGGAGAGAUCUUCGAAACUUGCUAACGGGCAUGACGGCUCGAGUUGAGCGUUAUUCUAGAAACCCGUCUUAGGCUAGCACAUGAACACAUGAACACAUCCUCACAUACAAACCAACACGCUCUUAAUUUGUAAGCCAAUCCAACUAACAAACUGUUAAGCCUACCUCGACACGCUCAUAGCUAGAUCUAAUUCUUAACUCACUAAUUUAUUGCGAAAGAAACGGAACAGAUGCAACCGAUGGGAAGUAGCUAAAUAUUAAUGUUUAAAUAUUAACACACCUGUUGAACACGUCUCCUUAGUUCGAUUUCCUCUAAGUUAAGCGUAAAGUUGCGGAUCGAAUUCUAUCGAUAUAUUCAAUUGAUCUGACUAAGGAAUCCAAUUGUAAAUAACUUAAACGAAUUGUAGACUAUUUAGAAAAAAAUUAUUGUAAAUGUUGUCCUAAAGCAAUUUUAUUCAGUCAACCGAACGUAAAAAUCAAAACAAAAGAUCAGAAUCAAAAUCAAAUUAAUUGAUUUUUUUUUAAUAGUUUGCUCACACGUGCGUUACUUUUACCCUUGAAUCGAACAAUUGUCACCAAAAUUAUUAUUAAUAUAACAUUGUGAAUUAGGCAAUAUAAAGAUGAAGUCACUCAUUAGACGUGGCCAAAAGAC